CGAAAUACCCUGACCGACAGACCAUCUUCUCAACUCCUCCACCAUGCUCUUCCAAGCUCCAUUACCCUGUUUUCCCAUAAUAUCCAUAGCCAUUUCCGAACCAGAUUCAACAGAAAAAUCUCUAUAGGCUUGAGCCAGCGCCCAAGAGACCGAAGUGUGAAGUGCUAUCAACUCUGCUUCCGGUGCUGAUUUUGCCACGAUUGGAAAAGAGAGAUAUCAAACACCAGAUUUCUAGAGGUCAUUCUCAUCACUGCUCCCGCUGCCGCUCCCCUAUCCUGUACGAGGCAUCAACGUUGAGUUUCAGACCCGUCUCAGGAAACGGCAGAAAACCAUGAAGAACCUUCCAUUGGAAGAGUUUAAUUUGGAUGAACUGCUUCUUAUGCCAAGCAUGAUUGAAAGAAAAGGAAGAAUUCUUGCUCCAACGGACCUCUUCAAAAGCAGAAGACAGAGAAUAUUCCACUACUUUCAGGUCAGCCUGGCUGGUAGACUGGACGCUUGAGCUCCCUCCUGCUGGACUGGACGGUGGGCUUCCCGCUAGGCUGGAAGAAGGCUUCUGACCGGGCUGGAGGCAGGCUCCCGGGUAGGCUGGAAGGCAGGCUCCCGGGUAGGUUGGAAGGCAGGCUCCCCGUUGGGCUGGAGGCAGGCUCCCACCUGGGCUGGACCGCAGGCUCCUAGCUGGGCUGGUGGUCGGCAGGCUCCUGGCUAGGCUGGAAGGCAGGCUCCCCACUGAGCUGGAAGACAGACUCCCCACUGGGCUGGAAGGCAGACUCCCGGGUAGGCUGGAAGGCAGGCUCCCGGGUAGGCUGGAAGGCAGGCUGCUGACUGGGCUGGUAGGCAGGCUCCCUGCUGGGUUGGACGGCAGGCCGCCCUGGGCUUUCACUCUUUGAUGGGCCUGAUCGGUUGGGUCGGAAUGAGCUCUGGAUCACUGGGCUUGGGCCUGCUGGUCCAAGUCCGGGGCCUGGGCCGAUUAGGCUCUGGGCCUAGUCCCAUAACCCCAUCACGAGUCCCCCACUCCCUUAGUCGAGUAGUACACUCGGCUAAGAGGGAGUAGUUUAAGUCAGCUGCCGAUUUAAAAAUAUUCACAUAUCAAGGAACCAUAAUUGUGGAUUAUGUGAAUCUCGGAGUUUAUGGAAAUUCCCAAAUUAAAUCAGGCUCCCAAAAAAGGCUCCAGAAAAAUUCCUUCAGCAUCUAGCACUCCAGUCGUCAGUUUUCUUCCGGACUUCAGAAUCCAGGUUCUUUAGAGAAUAUGUUAAUGAAAUAAGAUUCAGCAGCUUUGGCAAUGUCAUCCGGGUCAGUGAUCAUGUUACCCUCAGAGUUUUUGAGGUAUGUAAUCUGCUGCAUUUUCCUUCGAAUGUUAACAAAAGAAUGGUAAAAUUGGGUAUUAGAAUCACCCUCAGAUAACACUUUAAUAUGCGCUUUUUGUUUCCAAAAAGCUCUCUCUUGUUUAUGUUUGGAUAAUAAAACAGCUUGCUAGGACCAAUCGUCCUAUUCUCUUCUGAUGGAUCAGAUUCAAAAAGAAUUUCAGCUUUUAAAACCUCUUCUUCCAUCUUUUUAACAUCCUCAAAAAUAUUCCCAAAGGUUUUAUUGUUCCACUCUCUAAGAAAGAGUUUCAAAGCUUUGAGCUUGUCAUAAAAUCCCCUCAUACCACCAGAACCAUAGUCACAAGAUUCCCAAAAAGAUUUAACUUCCUACAAAAAUUUAGGAUGCUUGGCCCACAUAUUUUGAAACCUGAAAGCUCUUGGACCACCCAUAAGGAGAUUUUUACAUUGAAGUAAAACUGGGUUGUGAUCCGAUGAUGCUUUAUUCAAAUGGUUAAUUUGAACACUAUCAAACAAACUGAGAAAGGAGGUGCUAAAUAACAUUCUAUCCAGUCUUCGCCAAGCUCUACCAUUAGCCCUAACACCUAACCGGGUAAAGGAGCUACCAUGAGGAGGAAUGUCUACCAGAUUACUUCCCAAGAUGCAGUCCUUAAAAUCCGUCAUACUGGUAAGAUGAGGAGAAACUCUUCCUUUACGUUCAUGACUAGUUUGGUAACGCGCGAUGCACGUUCGUGUUAAUGCCCAAGACUAUUAUAUGCAUAUUCACUCAUCAGGUUAGGUUGAGUGAAUAUAUGGGUAAUACGAAUACACUAUUCGAAUGCAUAAUAUGUUAGAAAUUGAUAAAGAAACCUAAUGAAUAAAAUAUAUAUCGUGAAUCUUUUUUAGUUUGUUGCCUAAAAAAGGUUUCUGCAAAAUGAAAAACCCAAUGUCAUCGCAUUCGUUGUGAUGAGGAUGAUGCAAUUGGUACUUCAAGAUUAGAUAACAAACAAACCUUCUAUGGUGCCACCACCAUCCAUUUAGAACAUAUAUUUAGAAAAAUCAAAUAUCAAUAUCAUAUAGAGGUACUUCUUUUCUUGUUAAAUCGCUUAAUACAACCGGUGUAAAUGUCUAAGUAGAAAUCCCACAUAAAACCCCAGAUAGAUUGGUUCACCCAAAAAGAGGAAACAAAAUGAGAGGAAAACAACAAAAACAAUAAACAUAUAAAUACAUAUAUAAAUACAUAGGUAUAAAUGGAUAAUAUGGUAAAAAUGGCAACCCUACCUCUAAGGCGGAAAACGCUUAGUUCAAAACAUGAACAAUUACUCCAGCCAGGGGUGGACCUAUACUAUAUCGUGGGUUAGCACAGGCUACACCUCAAAAGGUGCAUCAUUUGAUUUUCUUAACACCCUUAAUUCUUACAUGUAGGCCCAGUUAAGCUCAAAUAUUUGAAUUUAAUUUUGAAUCCUUCUAAAAUCCAGCAGAGCAUUGAGCCUCCCAUCUCGGCCUCUUGCUUUGUCCUCCAACCAAUUUCAGCCUUUUAAGCUAUUUUUAAGUAAUUGGGCAUGAGUCGUCUUUUUUCUCUACAUCAGUAUUUUUUAGCAAAUUUGCAUGUGUUUUUCUCCAUAUUAUUUUUCACUUUAUUGAAUCACAAAGUGAAUACGAAUCAUUUAGGAUUUUUUAAAUUUCAUUUUUCACUACUAUAAUCCAUCAUUUAGAUAUCUUUUGUAUUGUUUAUACAUCUUGAUGUACGGAGUAUAAUGUUUUUCUACAUAUACUUUUAUAAUAUAAUUAUUUUUAUAUUAUAAAUAAUUUCUAAUAAAAAUAUAUAGAGGUCAAAGUUUAAUUUCAUUAACCAAAAGAUUCAAAUAUGAUAAAGUUUUAUGAGAUGGAGGAGGAAAAGUCGUGGUGUAAUAAUAAUUAAGUUGGGUUGUGUUGUCGGUGUAGUGUAGUGUUGUAAUUUUUUUAAACCGCUACGUACUAUAUAUGUGCAUACCCUAAGCUCUGAUGCCUGGGUCCACCAUUGCUCCAGCCUAAAACAUAAAAGUAGAACAAAAUAGGUGAUAUGGAUGAGCUACACAACUUGAAAAUGUAAAAUUCAAAUUAAUAGGAAACUUAAUUUUCAAUAACAUACCCAUCUACUUUACAUAUAGUGACAUAAGUAUAAGUAUUGAAAGAAGACAUAUUUCAAAAUUAAUUGAGACAAAAUUUCCCACUUUUUAUUCUUUAAGUUGAAAUUCAUUGGGUUAAAACAUAUAGAUAUUUAUAUUGGCAAUUUGAUAUUUGAGUGAGCCACAUGUGUGUAUAGUAGUUUGGUGGGCGUGAAUAUGAUUUUAUCUAAUAAAAUAAGCAAAUAAAAGACUACUAUUUUAAACUUUAACAUGUUAAAUACAAUCAUCAAGCCAUUUUGACUACCUAUAGUGGUCAUUUGUUUUAAAUGAUCACGACUAUUGAUAAAUCUUAUAAAAAUCAUAUAAUUUUGAAAAAUAAUGUAAUAAUAAAUAUAAAAUAGCAUAAAUAUAAAAAUAAAUAAACAAUUUAACAUUCUGAUUAAAAUAAUGUAAUAAUAAAUAUAAAAUAGCAUAAAAAUAAUAAAAUAUAAAAUCAGAAAACUAAAAAAAUAAAGUAAAAAUGUAAAAAUAGAAAAUAUAAAAUAUGGAAAAUUUUAAAGAGAUAUAGAAUAUAAAAUUAGUUUUAAAAUUUUAAAAAGUCGACUUUGACAUUCUGAUUUUUUUUUCACAAUUUUUAUCUAUAUUUCUUCAAAUUUUAACAAUCUUUUAAAGAUUUUUAAUAUAAAAAACCUUCUAUUACAAAUUUACAAGUCAAAAUUACCAAAUUGAUCAACUUUUUAAAGUAAGAAUACUUGUACGAUACGUUUUUAAUACGUUUUACGAAGUAGGACUUAUUUGACCCUUUUUCCCAAUUAUUCAAUAAGAAACAAACUUGAAAGUCAGAAGACAAUUAAUAAACAUAUCAAAAAAGUAUGUAAAAGAACUUAUUUGUUACCUUCUUCACGUUUUCUUGAAGAAUAUUCAUAGAAAGCAAAUAAAGUAGUAGCAGUCCAAACUCAUUAAAAUAGAUCAGAAGCAACUAAAAGUCAUCAAUUUAGGACCAAGUUAGAAGAUUGAAAUUUACCAAUCUUUGACUUCUUAAAUCAAGGAAGUAAAGAAGGAACAUAGCUAAGUUAAGCCAUGACCCUUUGGAACAGCUAUAUGGUAUUAUGGUGUAUUUUCCGAUCUAUUCAAUUCUCAUAAGAAAACAUCAUUGUACUUCAAGUCAAGAAAAUGAAGCUCUAACCUCUGAAAUUUUCUUAAGCACAAUUGGACAAACUGGCCGACUGUUUCGACAGUCAAGAAAACCAACUUCUUCUCAAAAAUAUGUUGUCAAACUAAAUUUAUCAUAUGUAAUUGUGUGAUGAUUUUUGUAAGACUAAAAGGCUGUUUGAAAUAGGAUUGUGGAAGUAGAAACCUAUGCUUGAUCGUAUUUUGCUUCUGCAAAGAUCCUUUCACUAAAAGUGUCCCUAGUAUUUGUUGAAACACCUGGAAGGAUGGAAUACAUAAGCAACUACACAGUACACACUAAUGAAGGCUCAUGUUUUUAUUAAAGGUUGCAAGCAGAAUUACUGAAACACAGAAGUGCAGGUCAUUGAUUUGGUUAACAUGGUCUCCGCCUGCGUCUCAAUGGGCUCAAAGAAAAAUUCGAUUAUCAGGAUGUUCCUUGGAAUACAUGAUCUAUUAAUUACAAAGUUUGUGAUUUAGCUAGAAGAAGUAUAUGACUAAUUGAUGACCUCAAAGAAAAAUAUCGAAGCAUACAUCAACGUUAAAUGAGGCGGCAUUUAGGUUACAUGAUGCACCAUUGGUAUAGAAAAAUGACUCUACUAAUUUCAACAAAUUGAAGGCACUUACACCAGAUUGAAGUCCCUGAAACAUGAAUAAACUAUCAAGUAUAUGAGAUUUUUUAUCCGUAAAGUUAUAGAAAACUGGUCAUAUACAGAGAGAUAGAUACGCAACGACAAAAUACUUAAGAACAAUGCAGAAGUUGGAAAAAAAUUACCUCAAGCAAGAAAAACGUAAUACUCUUUUCAACAAUGUUGUGAGGUAUUAGCUUCUUGGUCGGGGGACAAAUGACCAAACUCGGUCGUCAUCACAAAAGUCACUUCAACCUCCCAAACCUUUGAUAUCAGAACCUUCAUGUUGGCUUUUCAUCCAGCCAUGGACGUGUACCACCUAUAAACAUAGUGAGAGAUUAACAAAACAAUCCAAUUUUUACCUUCGUCCCAACAAAAUAUUAUUCCAAAACUUCAUAAAAGUUUAUUGAACUUAUGUAAUUGUGAUUAUUAUCAUUGAACAAAAAGGUAUUCAAAGAAGUUCAGUAUGUUUUUUCUUAACAAACAAAUAAGAAUUUAAAUGAUUUACAAGAAUUGUCCUAAACAAAACCAAAAAAGAUGUACCUUCAUGAAACAAGGUUGUUUGGGGAAGGAGAUAGUACCAUGAGGCUUGCUGAUAGGUUAAAUACGAUUUCAAAAAAACAAUAACAUAUACUAUCUUCUAUAUUAUAAUACCUAAAAGACUGCUUGAGCUGAACACUAUCAUCAAUCGUGUCGGAUAUAAGGGCUCGUCCUCCUCCGAAACAAAGCAUCUCUUCUUUAUUGCUAGCACAAAAUGUCUUUGGAUUCUGUCCAGCUUCCUCUAUAGUCUCAAAGGAUGGAGGAUUACAACUUCAUAUGUAAUCCAGGUGCACAUUAAAGCACAUGUAAGCAAACCAAAAGGAGAGGAAAAAUCAAACAAAACAACCUUCAACUGUAAGUAAAAGACAGCUAGUUAGUAGAGGAUUUCAUUUGAACAUUUCACCAAACACAUAGCAAGCAAAGUAAAAUAAAGAGAUACAAACUAUGAACAAAUAAUAUAAGCACACUGAUGUGAAGAAAUACAGGAGAAAGGAUGGCAAGCUUGGAUGAUAAAGGAACAUAAACACAUAGCAGUUUAAAUUGAAAAACAGAAAACAGAUAAAAGAAGCAACAUAAUUAAGGAGAGAAUAAUGAACUUACAAAAGGAUGCGAAGAAAUCUAAAAUUUGUUCAAUACCAGGUGCCAAAUCUCAUUAGGCGUAUAAUCGAUGACAGUAUCCAAAGGAAAUAACCGUUUGACAACCAUGGGCCAUGGCUGAGGCGCAAGACCGUGAAUGAAAAAGAAGUAGAGGAAGGGUCGGACAGAAUCAGGGCGAGAGGGAAAGGAAGGUUUAAUUGUGCAGUUAUGUAGUACUCUGUAUUUGUUUAUCCCAAACCCGUGUGAAGUUGCAGAAGUCAUACUCGGGGUUUAACGGCAUAGCUGAUCGCCGUCUCCUUUUAGUCUGCCAUAACCUCAAUAUGCUUGACUAAAUAUGCAUAGAGUACAAUCGACCAAUGCAUCAAGAGACACGAACAAAUUUUUCAUGACCAUUAAACCCCUAACAAUAUUCAUGCUUAUAAAAGAAAGGGAUUAGAAGCAAUAGCAUUGAAAUCUCCGCCUAACAUCCAAGGAUCCUUGUUUUGUGCAGCCCAAGAAUUAAGAAAAGCCCAAAGAUCUCUUCCUUCCAGGUAUGUAUGAACACCAUAAAUGGCAGUAAACCAGAAAAACAUGGACCCAAGAGUAAGCUUCAUGUGUAUAAAUUUCUUGGCAUAAGUAAUAUCAGAAAUAGUAAUAUAUGAAUCAUCCCAGAAUAACCAAAUUUUGUUGUCUGGGCAGCAGUAAAAUUUAUUCAUACCAAUUUCCAAAGAAACAGAAAGAAUUUUAGAAGAGUCAAUAAUAGGCUUAAUAACAACAAGUAAAUGAAUUCUCCACUGUCUAAUAAGAUCUCGUAACCUUGGACAGGAAGAAACAAGGCCACAGACGUUCCAAACGAGAUAAUUCAUUAAGGGAGGGAGGGGAAAGUGUGCGACAACUUCUUAGUUGUGUUCCUGGUAACCCUGGGUGUAACUGAAACAACCUGUAAGGGUUGUUUUUUCUUCUUUCUUGCAACUUUGAUGAACCCAUCAUCAUCUUUGUAUGUUGUGUGAAGUGAUUGCAUCCCCUGAUUGAGAUGAACAGACUUCUUAAGAAUUAAGUCUACUCUUUUGGUUAAUUCUGCUUGUCCAUCCUUCCAUUUCUGAGCAUUAUCUAAGAGACAAGAAUCCCCAUCAGAAGAGUACCCCUUUGCAGCAAUUACAUGAUCAAAUUGCUCUCUUUGCAUAAUUUUUAAUACAUGAUAAUCAUCAACUGCUCUAGUUCCUUCAAUUAUAACAGGCUCAGCAUUGACGAAUUCAUUAUUCUGUAAUUAAUUAUAUUGAUUAAACCAAUAAACCGCUUGUGUUGAGGUUAUCAAUCUCAAUCGUUUUCAUCUUAAGUUUAUUGCAAGUAUCAGGUUAAUAUACGACGCGUGUUCUAUAUUAACUCGGUAGUAAAUUUUAUUAAUGAACGCGUCUCAUUAUUAAUAACUACCCUCGAUGAAAUGGAGAUACUCCUCGAUUGAGUAUUCGAGAGGAAGAUGGUUAAAGAUAUAACCGAGAUCGACGAACAUUCCACUAAGUGGAUAAAAGCAAAGCCAAGUCUUCAUCUCAAUUAAGUAAAAUACAUAAGUCGUUUGACAUUCAUGUAAUUUCCAUGUUUAUGUUUGUAUUUUUAAUUAGUUUUGAUUGAUUGUUGCUUUGGAAAUUUCAAUAUGAAUGACUUAUAUUAAUAGUUUUGAUCAAUUUUGUUAGUUUUUAAUCACAUAAGUCGGUAGACCAAAUAACCAUCAAACUAGAAAGAGCGAUGUGGGCAUUCUUGCUAUGGCUGCUUUGAUAGAAGCACCUAAACUGGAUAUUGCCUCAUUGAUGUGGAAACAUUUGGAAAAAGAGUGUUGUGAUGCCACGGGAGAUUUGUUUAUUGGGGGUAUAGUACUCCAUAUAUGUUCCAAAUUUGGGUAUACUCAGAGGCAACCAAUGGCUGAGUGGGGUCUUGUCGGCACUCAAUUUGUCCUAAAUGCCCAUGAUUUAAGCUCUUCUCACACCUUUGGGGAUAUUUUUUUUUACAAAUGGCAUAUCAACACCACCCCACAACGGUUCUUCAUCCUUCCCACCGAGACGGAACUCCCCACUAAUAUCUUUCAUACACAAUUCGGGGAUGGAAGACACCUUUGCCUCCCCGGAGCAAUCCCGGAACACUACAUCAUCCCUGAAGAAAUCCCAGAACAGCUUGAACCACCACCACACAGUCCCGAACAACCACAACCCGAUCCCCAACCCCCUCAAUACACCCCCCUUUGAACAACAAAUGCUUGCCGGCAUACAACAACUAAAUCUUAACCAAAAGGCUAUGAACACACGCAUCGACGACCUCUACAAUGUGUACCAAAGGGUGGAAGACGAUAAAAAACGGGUAUUCGGCCCUAUGUACGCAUAUUUUGACCACCAAGGGUAUUUUUCCCACAUGCCCACUCCAGUCCAGCAUCCUACAUGGUAUGACCCCUCUUAUUGGGGCAAUUUCGGUGGAGCAAGCGGUAGCGGAGGAUGCUAUGACGGUGAGUGCAGCGGUUAUGGGGGCUACCACGAUGAGGCUAAUGACGGGGAGCACUAGGGACAGUGCUUGGACAACGUAGGGGGAUUCACUCAUUUGAAUAUCAACUCUUGGAGAAAGAAGAAGAAAAAGGAGAAAGAGAAGAGGGAGAAAAAGAAACAAAGAGCAUAGAAGACCAAAAAACCCAAGAAAAUGUUGUUUUGUAACUCAUUUGCAACCCUUGGUGGUCUUAUGUUCUUUCUUGCUAUUCUUGAACUUAUGAUCUUUUGUUGACACUUGUGCAAACAUUUGGCUUUACUCGAUGUCGAGUAAAGAAACUAAGUGUGGGGGAGUUGACAUUCAUGUAAUUUCCAUGUUUAUGUUUGUAUUUUUAAUUAGUUUUGAUUGAUUGUUGCUUUGGAAAUUACACACUUUUGGUGUAAUAGUUUCGUUUGUAAAAUAGUUGUAAUUUGUUUAGAUUUGGGAUUUUCUGAGCUUAAACUAGGUAAAGAUCAUCAAAAGGAUCCCGGAAAAGUCAAGGAAAGUGCAAAGGGGACAAGAGAAAGUGGAAAUUUAGGAAAAUAGUCAAAAACCCGACCGGGUUUUCCAAAAACCCGAUCGGGUUUGACUUGACCCAAAGAUCAAAUUUUGAUUUGGAGGCAAUUAAAUGUGCAGGGCGAAGAUUUGGCAAAGAUUUGUCUUUUACCCGACCGGGUAAAUCAAAAACCCGAUCGGGUAGAUGUGACUAAUGAAGAUUCCGGGCACUUACUCAAGAAACACCUAUAAAUACACCCCUUUCCCUUCCCAUUUCAUUACCAAUUCACAUAUACUCUUAAGCUCAGUUUAGAAUAACAUUUCUUUAUAUUUUUCUAGCUAUGUUUAGUCUCCAAAUGCGGAGCUAAACUUCCAUUUCUUGGUUUUGCUCUUGAAGCUUGUUGAUUAUUAAAGUUGUGAGUUAUUUUCUUAACUUCUUCUCUUGAUUAUUAAUUCUUCCCUUAAUCUCAUUCCAUAUUAAUGUUGGAGGGUUGCUAAGUGACGAUUAGUUAACGUUCCGACAUUACUUACUACUAGAAACGAUCAACGAACCGAUGGUUAAUCGUUGAUAGUUUCACAAGUAAGUAACUUCGGUUUAUUAAUGCACGGUUGUGGUUAAUAAACUUGAGAGGGAUCAAUUUUGUUGGUUAAACCGAAACCGUUGUGUUAAGGUUAUCAAUCUCAAUUGAUUUCAUCAAGGAGUUAGAAAGAUUAAAUGUUACUAUUAAAUCGGUAUAAGGCGCUGUUCUAUAGUUGAUUAACAGUAAGGGUUAUUAAUGAACGGUCGUUGUUAAUAACUACCCUCGAUGAAUUGGAUAUACUCCUCGAUUGAGUAUUCGAGAGGGGAUAAGUUAUAGAUAUAACAAUGAUCGACUAAAAUAUAUCAACAAGUGGAAAGUAGCAAGGCCAAGUCCCUUUUAUCCUUGAAUUAAAUCUCAUAUAAGUCAUUCAUCUUAGUUUUUAAUUAAAUUAAAUCAUUCAAUCCAAAUCCCCCCCUUUAUUUACAUAGUUUUAUAAAAAUAGAAUUAUUCCUUUCCCUGUGGAUACAAACUCUACUUCACCUAUACUACGUAUAAGUGUUAGUAUCGAUUUAUUUUGACACACCGUGACAAAGUGCCCAUCAUCGUUCAUCUUAGUGUUUUAAAUACAUUUAAAGUUCGUCAAUAAUCAAUCAAAACCCCCCUUGUUACUAGUUACGUAAAAGAAAAGUAUUCCUUUCCAUGUGGAUACGAACCUUACUACACCAUACUACAUAUAAGUGUUGUAUUGUAUUUAUUAUUUUGAGUGCACACCACGACAAAGUGCACGUCAAAUUUGGUGCCGUUGCCGGGGAAAGGCAAUUAUUUUUCUUUUUAUUUUUUUUCAAAAAAACAUAUUAAAAAAAAACGUACUUUUCUAUUUUCUGAGCUUACAUGAGUAUAUGGAUACCAACACAACAUCCUUAGAGAGUCAACUUUCCGUCUUGGCUUCUCUAAUAAAGGAGUCUAUCUUAUGCUCAGAAGCUCGAGAUGUCAAGACUUGCAACAUUUGAAUGUCUCACAGACAUCUUACGGAUUUUUGUCCAAAGCUCCAAGAAGAAUACCUUGAACAACUUGAUUAUGUUUGUUUCCAAAGGAAAAUACCUCACGUUCUCCAACUAUAACAUGUCUACGGAGGAUAUGGUUCGGUCUAUUGCUUCCAACAUGACCACCAUGCAAAACAACAUGGUGCAAUUUCAAAAUGAGACCAAGUCUAACAUUUUAAACUUAGAAACUCAAAUGAGUCAAACAGCCGAAGCUUUCAAAGUAGGCUUGAAGCAAGAGAUUCGGGAAAAUUUCUCUCUCAAAUAGAAUGUGAUCCUAAACAACAAACUUUUGCAAUCACAUUGACAAAUGAGAAGGAAAUGCAAAAGGAGACCCAAAAUCCAGAAGAAGUAGAAGAAGAAAGAGACAUGAAGCUCCAGCUGGUCAAAGAAGAGGUUGAACCGAGUUUCAAGGUCAAAUAUCUAUCCUUAUCAUCCUUUGAGUGAAGGGUUGGAAAUUUGAGCAUUUCUACGAAAGUGCAACAAGUAAAAAUGUGAAGAAGAUGAAUUAUCACGAUCCAAGCUUAAACGUUUGAACAAAAUGAUGGCGUCGUGCCGCGAUGGUAAAUGAGGCGCUUCUUCGGAGGCAACCCAUGCAAGGAGGAUAAUGAGAAAGGAAAGAUGAAGGCAUGGAGUUGAAGACCCCUUUUAUUACAGGGGCUUUUUUAUGAUUUGUCUAAAAAAACUGUUGGAUGGUUGUUUUGCUACUCUUGUGGUUUUAAAAACUUCAUGUGCAGGUUUUAAUUUACUCGAGACGAGUAAAGGUUCAAGUGUGGGGGUGUUUGAUAGGCACUAGUUGUUAGUGCUUAAGUAUACAUUUUUAUUAUUGUUUGUAAUGUUUAUUUACUAGUUUUGUGCAAGUUUGUAGUUGUUAGUUUGCAUUUGAUUGUAAUUGUAUUUCUAGGAUUUUAUUGUUUGUUGUAUGUUGUAGCUAGUUGAGCUAUAUGUUUAGGAUAUGUUUGGAAGCAAAAAGGAUGAAGAAACCUGAGUUUUGUGCAAAACCCGAUCGGGUAUGGCCUUUACCCGGCCGGGUAUGAAGUGAAAGAGGAAGCUUCUGGGAAAUUAAAUCAAAUACCCGGUCGGGUAUUCCAUAUACCCGGUCGGGUAUGAAGUGAUUUCAGACAUAAAGACGUGCAGAAGAACUCAAAGACGUGGGAAAAUAUUUGAUUUGGCAAAUACCCGGUCGAGUAUGUCAAAUACUCGGUCGGGUAUCCGGCCAAAGGUAUUGAAAACACCUAUAAAUAGCACCAUUUUGCUUCACAAAAAUUCAUUCCUUCUUCUAUAUACUUCUAAGCUCAGUCUAGAUUAGUUCUUUCUUUAUAUUUUCAUCAUGUUUAGUCUCCAAAUGAAGAGCUCAACUCUUCCAUCUUGGUUUUGCUACUUUGAAGCUUAAUGAAUUGUAAGUUAUUUUUCUUUAAUCUUCUUCCUCGAAUAUUAAUUAAUUCUUAUUCAUAUUUCAUAUUAAUAUUUUGAACAUUA